GCUUUUUCCGGCGACUGUCGAAGUGGAUAAGCUCGACGACGACAGCUCCUUCGGCUCAUUCCGGAGACAGCCAUUACUAACGGAGUUGAUGACUUUUUAUUACGUGAUUAAAACACAUAGGGGCGUUAUACAGAACUGUUGCCCCUUUGGAGAUAUUUAAGCUCCAGAUUCGAGCUUUUUGACUAAAACAUCGGCAGCGAGUCUGGGCUGGAGAAGGAGGGCGCUAGCACUACGUGGAGCUGAAUUUCAAAUUACGUAACAGUUAAGGCAGCCAUUACUGAGCAGUUGUGCGGUAUUCUCAAGCAGGGAUACGUAAACCAUGAAGAAUAUGAGGGAAAAGGAGCAGUUUCGCAAACUGUUCAUUGGUGGCUUAAGCUUUGAAACAACAGAAGAAAGCUUGAGGAACUACUAUGAACAAUGGGGGAAGCUUACAGAUUGUGUGGUAAUGAGGGAUCCUGCAAGCAAAAGAUCAAGGGGGUUUGGUUUUGUAACAUUCUCCUCCAUGGCUGAAGUUGAUGCAGCUAUGGCUGCAAGGCCUCACACGAUUGAUGGAAGGGUGGUUGAGCCUAAGCGAGCUGUGGCUAGAGAGGAAUCUGGAAAACCUGGUGCUCACGUUACUGUGAAAAAAUUAUUUGUUGGUGGUAUUAAAGAGGAUACUGAAGAGCACCACCUUCGUGACUACUUUGAGGAAUAUGGGAAAAUUGACACUAUCGAAAUUAUUACUGACAGACAGUCUGGUAAAAAGAGAGGGUUUGGCUUUGUUACAUUUGAUGACCAUGAUCCUGUGGAUAAAAUUGUAUUGCAGAAGUAUCACACCAUCAACGGCCAUAAUGCAGAAGUAAGGAAAGCUCUCUCUAGACAGGAAAUGCAAGAAGUUCAGAAUUCUAGGAGUGGGAGAGGAGGGAACUUUGGUUUUGGUGAUGCGCGUGGAGGUGGUGGCAACUUUGGUCCCGGACCUGGCAGCAAUUUCAGAGGGGGAGCCGGUAAGACAGAUGGAUAUGGAAGCGGCCGUGGAUUCGGUGAUGGGUAUAAUGGAUAUGGUGGAGGACCUGGAGGUGGCAACUUCGGAGGUAGUCCUGGUUAUGGAGGAGGAAGAGGAGGAUACGGUGGAGGAGGACCUGGAUAUGGCAACCAGGGUGGGGGCUAUGGAGGUGGUUAUGACAACUAUGGAGGAGGCAAUUACGGAAGUGGAAACUACAAUGAUUUUGGAAACUACAACCAACAACCCUCAAAUUACGGUCCAAUGAAGAGUGGAAAUUUUGGUGGCAGCAGGAACAUGGGGGGACCAUAUGGUGGAGGAAACUAUGGUCCAGGGGGCAGUGGAGGAAGUGGUGGAUAUGGAGGGAGGAGCCGUUAUUGAGCUUCUGCAAGCUUGCCAUGGCUAUGAUAUGAACCCUGGACAAGCAUAGACUGCUGCCACUGUACACUGCUACAGUUGAACAAAUGAGACCUGCAAGUGUCCAUUAGUAAAGCUUUGCAAGGGUUCCAUCCCUGGUGUUGGUAGUUAAAAUGGUAGGUCACAAGUUAAUUAAAUCAUACAACUUUAUUUUUGCAUCCUGCAACAUUUUAUUUUUUCUUGGGAGUCUAUGCAUUAUGGUGGUUGCAAGGUAAUGCAAUGAAGGUAGUUCUGUGCUGUUGAAGAUGAACGAUGUUGUUAUGUGUCUUGUCUACAGUAAUCUAUUUAUAUAACACGUUUCAUCCUGAAGGUUCCCAAGUAACUUUAGACCUUUUUCAUAAAAGGAAAAAUUGCACCACUGAAUACAUCUGCCUCUGUGAAGGAAUGUGUCGGCUAUUCUUUAACAACUGCAUAAGCAGUUCUUUAGGAGGGAAGGUGAAAACUUCAAAUGAAACUGCAGGUGGUAUUUUCAUAAGUGUAUAAUGUAAUUACCUAAAUUGGAAUUUGGCUAGAAUGAUGAGGUUUCCACCAUUUUUUAUAGUUCUUGCAGCUAAUAAACCUUAGUGCCAAAUUUAGUCAGCCUUACUCUCAUUGCUUCGAAUGUGUAAUUCCUCAAAUUAAUGAAAAUUCACCAAGUAAUGAUUUGCUCAGAGUAAGGAUGGCUUAAUACGCUAGAUUUGGUUUUUUACUAAAAAUCAACAAAACUCACCAAAAAAAACCCCAAUUUCAAAGUUCUGUUGCCUUUGAAAGGCUACACACUAAAGAACAUGGACUCGACUAAUGAAGGUCCUGUUCUGUUUGUGUUAGACACACCGGUGAACUGCUUAUACUUUUUUUUUUUAAAUGGCUGAAGUUCCCCUAUUGGUAAUUUGGUUUAGACAUAUGUGAUAAACAUCUUCAGAUACACUUUUUUUUUCUUUGGCAGGAAGGUGCCAUGCUGCAGGUAACUAAUGAAGAAGUGGUCAACCACAGAAACGCUUCAAGAAAUAAGAAAUUCUGUUUCAUCAGAAAAUAGUUGUUUUUGCUGGCUUCAUUAAAAAUCUAGAGGUUAAAUGAAUACUGAUAAAACAUCUCAAUUAGUACAGCUCCCUGUAAUGCUGGGUUUUUUUUUUUUUUUAAAUGAUAGUAAUAAUUGUCUUGUAAACCUUUCGAAUAAAAUUCAGACUGGUUAGGUGAAACAAAUCACUAAUGUUAAAAUAGCAGACACUCUGUGAGUAGAAGGUAUAACUACAUAUUUUUAUAACUUUCAUAGCUUUAAAAUAAAGUAUUUUUAUACCAAAGUA